AUGAUUCUCUCAUUUUUUUAUUGGAACAGUAUGGAGCAAAACAAAAAGAAAAAUGCUUCGCAAGAAAAAAAAGUUGUACCAUCUGUUUGUAGUUCCUCUAUGAUUUAAUAGUACGAACCUAAAAAUCAAAUCAGAAGAUAGAUUCUAGAGGAGGAAUAAAUAAGAUAGCAAAGAAAGCGAUAUACAGACAAGUUUUAACCUAAAGCAACAUCAGAGGAUGAAGAUCCUUAAUUGAAUUUUCUCUAAAUUGGAAAUAAAGCUAAAAAAAGGUAGAAGAGCUAAACUCAAAGAUGGUAAAAGUAUGAAAACAGAAAAUCUAAAAGAAAUAGAUCCGAGCAGAGAUUUGCAGUAACUAAUUAAAUUUAAGGGCUCACUGAAAAGUAUUAUGAAUUUGAUGAUCUCGAUAAAAUUUCUGAUGAUAAAGCGGAUUUAUGCAUCAGAAAUCUUCCAUAAAAUAGAUUAAUGAAAAAAAUGACAAUAUGA